AUGCUCCCCUCCACAAUUGGGGGAUCAGAGUACCAGGGCUACCUCCCCAAAAAACCAAUGUUAGCCGACCGUGACGGGGUCGGCAAUGAAUCUACUUCUCACUCAAAGGGACAUCUACACCAAACACAUUUGACCUGUUGCUACACUAAUGCCCAAGUUCUCCGUAGUAAGUUCUCCGAACUGGUGUUGCGUUUCCAAUCCAGUCAGUGGGAUAUCAUUGCUGCCACAGAAACUUGGUUGACGGAUGACAUUCUCGACUCUGAGUUGGGCCUACCGGGCAUGUCUCUUCUCAGACGAGAUCGUCCAACACGCGGGGGUGGUGUUCUACUUUACCAUCGAAGCGAUCGCCAGUGCGAUGCAGUUGAUCCUCCUGUUUCAGCCCCUGACACAAUUUGGUGUCAACUGAAAUUGUUGAAGCACGACGAUUGUCUUGUUGGAGUGGUCUAUCGUUCUCCCUCGUCUACGGAGACAGCAAACGAUACACUUUUGUGA